GUUGGGAUUUCUGUCAGGAUCAACUCGAAACAAGUGUUUGCUUUAGCUUGUGUUGGUUAGCAGUAGUUUGCUAGCAGCUAGGCUAGCUUUAGACACUGCCAGCACAUCAGUGGCUAUGGCUUUUGGGUUUUGCCUUAGUGUGACAUUGCUCCUGUUUGUGUGGACAACUGCAAAAUGUGGUCAAAUUCCUGAUGAAGUUCUUCAUAUGGAGUGUCAUGACCGCUUCUUCAUGAUAGCUGUUGAUCUCUCGUUCACUGGGAAUUCACCUCGUUUUGAGGUUGUCGAUGGGACAGGUGUGUACGCCAUCACUAAGGAGUAUGCAGCUCAGUGUGGCUACACCGUCAGUGUCCUCCCUCUCGCGGGCCAUGUGGAGCUCCGAGCCUCUUACUUCAGCUGUCACACUGACAACAAAGAUGACGAAGUGUUCAUAUUCAACUUCAACCUGGUUGCAACACAUGGAGGAAAUGAGGUCACCUAUCCUUUGAACAAGACCUGUUCUCCCUCUCUCCCCUGGGCUCCCAGAGAGAUUACCUGUGAGGUCAACUACAUGGAGGUGUCUGUGAGGAGUGAAAUCACAUGUCCAUCUGAGACAAAGACAGAUGACAAGAAUGCUGCUCUACAACCUGCCUAUGCCUCGGCUACUUCAGACUGGCAGGUGAUGUUUCAGAGAGAUGGGGAGCAGUCAGUUCCCAUGAAACUCUCUGAAGCUCGUAAGCAGGGGUAUGCGUUUGACAUGACAAAUGGGAGGCUGGUGUUUCGUACGCCGUAUGGACAACCUGACUCAUUCAGCACUGAGGUGAAUGGUGUUCCAGUAGAGGUGGUCCAUGCAACUCUGUUCUCCAGACAAAACUGGGUCGUCCUCAUGGUCGACCUGGAGGCUGCUUGCUCCAUGCAUGAAGGAUCUUAUGAUGACAGUGGCUACAUGAUGUGGGAGACUCCGGAGGUGCUGCACCCGCUGGUGUCCGGUCUACAUGAGACACAGCUCAACAUUGGAGUCAAUGGUGAACUUGUGGAGCAGCCAGAUGCAGAGGAGAGAGGCUACAUUAUAGAAAAGCACAACACUACAGUUGAGAUCAGCAUCCCGUAUAAUGCUGAUGGAGGAUACAGGAAGAGCUUGGUGUCUGACGGCCUCCACGAGUUCUACAUCUUUCAUCUCUACUUGGAGCAAAUCUCUGUGGACGAGGAUCAUGUAGACACCAGACUUCGUUUCCACAGGACACUGGCUACUCCCCUGCUGCCACGCUCUGUUUUCACUGAAAACAGAACAGUUCCCGAGGAGCGCACGUUCACGGUCUACCUCGGAGACGUCCCUGAGGAUGUUGAGUUGGCUGCUGUUAAUUUGAAUGGACAUGAAUUUUCAGUUCCACUGACAAACAUGAGCAGCCACACCAUCACAGAGGUUGUUCAUCCCAACAGCACUCAUGGCUACACUCUGCAGGUGGCUUUUGAUCACCCUGUUGUCAUGCAGGAGUUCUCUAAAGAAAAUGCAGCGAUGCAGCACAGACUGGACAUCAACUUCACACUGACUGUUGAACCUGAAAACGAGCCUUUCUACCAGCUGACAUCAGUCAUGGCGUUAUCUGACGCCUCUCCUCCAGUCUUUGAUGCCGUCUGUACUGAGUCUGGCAUCAGCUUCAGACUGGACCACCGGCCUUUUGACUACCUGUGGGAGAUCACUAUCGACUCAGACCCGCUGACAUCAGAGCUGGCGGCCCAGCACGGCUACAUCAUGAGCAACGACAGCCAGAGUCUGCUGCUCGACGUGCCGCUCUUCACUCAUGGCUAUGAGUACAAGGACAUCACUUUGUAUGGCUUCUCUGGCACCUUCGAGAUCCUCAUGCGGGAUCAUGAAACAUCAGAAGUCCAGAGUUCAACUGUCAAGACUUGCCCAUUCUCCAAUGCUGAAUUCAUUAUGUGUUCAACUGACGGGAGGAUGACUGUGGUGGCUGACUUGUCUCUGGCCAUCCCAAGUGGAGGAAAUCCUGCCAGAACAAACCUCGUGGACAAAUACUGUGGACCCAAAGAGGCAGACGAAACAAGGGCACUCUUCUCUUUUCCACUCAACAGCUGUGGAUCCACAGUCAAGCUCUACAAGGAGAAUGUGACCUAUGAAAAUGAGAUUUUCUUCAGCAAGAAGUUGCGUUCUCUGAAAAAUCCAGCAGGCCCCAGCAGUGUUAUUGAGAGGGUGACGAUACAGUGCACCUAUCAGCUGCUGGCUGGACUGUUUCGCCUCUUCUCAGUCUACAGGUUUGAGUCUGACAGUGUUGGUGUCGGCAGCAUUGUGCAUUCUGUACACUCCACUGCUGACGGUUUGAGUCCCACCAUCAAGCCCACUACAGUGCCCACUACCAGACGCACCAGGAGACCAGUCUCAAUUCGACCUGGUUACCGGCCUCCUGCUCAGUACAUCAAAGUAUCCAGUUUUCUAAACAGAAAGAAAGGAGCUAAAGGAUCAUCUCAAGUUAAAGUGACUCCAUAUUCUGGAUUGUACUGCAAGGAUUUUAAAUAGAGCUCAAUAAAUUUG